CCGCACGGACCACGCCCCAUUCGCAGUGACCGGGGCCGCGCUGGCCCCGCCCCUCGCCGCGCGCCGCGCGCUGCCCACCGCGCCCAUGGCGUCCCCGGCGGCCGUGCGGCGCCGAGACUGGUACUGGCUGCGCUCCUUCAUCGCCGGAGGUGUUGCAGGAUGUUGUGCCAAAACAACUAUUGCACCCCUGGAUCGGGUAAAGAUCUUGCUGCAGGCUCAUAACCACCAUUACAAACACCUAGGAGUGUUUUCUACAUUGUGUGCUGUCCCCAAAAAGGAAGGUUACCUCGGGCUGUAUAAAGGAAAUGGGGCGAUGAUGAUUAGAAUCUUUCCAUAUGGCGCAAUUCAGUUUAUGGCAUUUGACCGGUAUAAAAAGAUAAUAAAGAAGCAACUUGGGAUUUCGGGGCAUGUGCAUCGAUUAAUGGCUGGAUCCUUGGCAGGUAUUACAGCAGUGAUUUGUACUUACCCUCUUGAUAUGGUUAGAGUUCGCCUGGCGUUCCAAGUAAAAGGGGAACACAAGUACAUGGGGAUUAUCCAUGCAUUCAAGAUGAUUUACACAAAGGAAGGUGGCUUAAGAGGGUUCUACAGAGGGCUGAUCCCAACUGUUGUAGGAAUGGCACCAUACGCGGGUUUUUCAUUUUUUACCUUUGGUACCUUAAAGAGCAUUGGACUUGCUCAAGCACCUAACUUGCUUGGACGGCCUUCAUUAGAUAACCCUGAUGUCUUAGUUUUGAAAACACAUGUAAAUCUGCUGUGUGGUGGCAUAGCUGGAGCAAUAGCUCAGACCAUAUCGUGUCUUCUCCCUCCAGCGUUUUGCAGACUGUUUUAUACUCUCAUCUGGUCUUCAUGUAUCUUUCUUACUUGGGCCAAAUGGAAUAUAUUAAGAGGUCCAAUUUGCUGGGUUUGGUUGUAUAAGGGAAGUCUCCUUUUUAGGAAAACUUUCAGCUGUGUUGAGAAUCUGAGCUGGAUUCCUGACUCACUGAAAAGGGAGCUUGGAGAUUGCAUAUGGACUGCUUUGUGUUCUUUAUUAAACAAUAUUCAUGUAGUGAUCACACGUGCGGUUGAACUCCUGUUCAAAUAUCUCCUCUGUAGAUACCCCCUUGAUGUAACACGUAGGCGAAUGCAGUUAGGAGCCGUUCUCCCAGACUCUGAAAAGUGCCUUACAAUGGUGCAGACACUGAAAUACGUGUAUCAACAGCAUGGAGUACGAAGAGGAUUAUAUCGUGGUUUAUCUCUGAAUUACAUUCGUUGUAUUCCUUCUCAAGCCGUGGCUUUUACCACAUAUGAACUUAUGAAACAACUCUUGCACCUCAACUGAAGUUGUUUUUUUUGGAACACUUUCCUGUAAAGUACACUAUCAGUCCUUAAAUUACAUCAUUGAGUAAAUUACUUGAAGUUUAAACAAAGUUAUCUGUUACUGUGGAGCUGCUGUUGUCUGACAUUUUCAUUUGCCAAAAUGAGGUUAAUUUCUUGGAGUCAAACCAGGAGACAGAUCAAAAUAAACAGCUAUAAACAUUUUUUUUUUUUGCACUUGAUCUUCUAGGCUUCGUUAGAUCAAUGUUAAGAAUUACACAGUUUUAAAUUUACACCCACAUUUUAUGUGGGUAUCAAGCUGUUAUUCAACUUGAUCUCCAUUCCAGGAGUUACACGCAUGGUUAUACUGCUUUUUAAGCAAUAGUUAGACAUAAGUUCUGCUUUAAAAAUUAAAUUGAAUAAACUGAUUUGAACAAAAUACAUGGAUUUUCAUAUUCAAACACUUGCCAGCUCUGUAGAAGCUGAACUCAGCAGAGCACAACUUAGGCAUCUUUUCGUUCUCUUUUACAAGUUUCUGUAUGCAAGAACAACACGUAUAUCUUUAUGUAGGUACACAUGAAGGUCUCUUCAGCCAUUUCAAUAAAUAAUGGCAAGCUGUAUUUAUCAGAAAUCAUGCAAUUUGGAAACAAGUUUCUUGGAAUAACUUCUAUUCUAAAAAAUGCUGUAUCUACACAAAUAAAACCAGGAGGGGAACUUUUAUAGCGACAAGCACUAGAAAAGAUCUCCUUAAGGCAGUUAGAAUGAGCCUCGUCUUACAAGGCAUUGCUGUACCUUCUCUGUGGAGGUGGAUGUUCUUGGUUCAGUUUAUUUAAGGCUGAGUAUUUCAUGUACUUUCCAGUACUAGCUCAUGAAACAGGUUUGUCCCUGCCGUAAAACAUGAUGACAAACAAGACUGCAUGCUGCUGCAUUGACUUAUUUAGGCGUGUGGACCAUAUCCACCCUCUCACGCAAGAAAAGGAAGACGUUGAUUGCAUUGGAGUCUGUAGAUGUAUACAUGUACUGUUUCUGAAGUAUGGUAUGCAAUAGACUAUCACAUGAUUUCUUCCUCCUACAGUUCUUUUUGUAGAGGGAAUUGUUUUUCAGAUCUGUUUAUACAUGAUUUGCAUUGGUACACUUGAUUUUAUUCACUUGAUUCAGGAAAACGUAAAGCAUUUACUUUAAGUGAUGCAAGUUAUUUAUUUAUUGUAAAUAUUUUAGCAGUGUCUUUUAAGAAUUGGCAAAAGUUAUGUGAUCUGGUCGAUGGCAAGAUCAAUUUGCUUCAUCUUGACAAGUUUGACAAACUGGAUUUUGAGUUAUAUAUUCAGUACCAACUUUUGUGGCUCAUUUUUUUUUCCCCAGUUUCUUAAAAGUAUUUCUUUGAUAUUUAACAAGGUAGCUAUGGGCAGAGA